CUGUGAACUGAUUUGAAAUAAGAGCCAGGCGGUCCUCGCUAGCCUGCACCCGACUUUUCAUAGGCUGGAAAAGGAAAGGUUGAGAAACUUGACAUUGUCUUGGGUAGAGUGAGUUUAGAAGCAGAUCAAAGAAUAAAAAGGGAGGGGGACGAAAAACGUGCUCUUUGCUGCCUGUGGAUUCCACCGAGUUGCUUUUGUCUUGUGGGCUUUUCUGCCGGCUUUGGUGUCUGCGCUUGGAAGCCUACGGGUGCGCUUCCACGCAGCUCGCUCCCUGCCGGAUGGGUCAUGGAAUUCUAAACAUGAGGCAGAUAGCUGAUCAGCUUCCUUGGAUUUUGCUGAUGACCCCGGAGAGGUUUGCCUGAAGAUGGAAACACUGGAGUCGGAGCUGACCUGCCCUAUUUGUCUGGAGCUCUUUGAGGACCCUCUUCUGCUUCCCUGCGCACAUAGCCUCUGUUUCAACUGCGCCCACCGCAUCCUGGUCUCUCACUGUGCUACCAACGAGCCUGUGGAGUCCAUCAGUGCCUUCCAGUGCCCCACCUGCCGGCAUGUCAUCACGCUCAGCCAGCGAGGUCUAGACGGGCUCAAGCGCAACGUCACCCUACAGAAUAUCAUUGAUAGGUUUCAGAAAGCAUCUGUGAGCGGGCCCAAUUCCCCUAGUGAGACCCGCAGGGAGCGGGCCUUUGACGCCAACACCAUGUCCUCUGCCGAGAAGGUUCUCUGCCAGUUCUGUGACCAGGAUCCUGCCCAGGAUGCUGUGAAGACCUGUGUCACUUGCGAAGUGUCCUACUGUGAUGAGUGCCUGAAAGCCACUCACCCGAACAAGAAGCCCUUUACAGGCCAUCGUCUGAUUGAGCCAAUCCCGGACUCGCACAUCCGGGGGCUGAUGUGCCUGGAGCACGAGGAUGAGAAGGUGAAUAUGUACUGUGUGACCGAUGACCAGUUAAUCUGUGCCUUGUGUAAACUGGUUGGGCGGCACCGCGAUCAUCAGGUGGCAGCUUUGAGUGAGCGCUAUGACAAAUUGAAGCAAAACUUGGAGAGCAAUCUUACCAAUCUUAUUAAGAGGAACACAGAACUGGAGACACUUUUGGCUAAACUCAUCCAAACCUGUCAGCAUGUUGAAGUCAAUGCAUCACGUCAAGAAGCCAAAUUGACAGAAGAAUGUGAUCUUCUCAUUGAGAUCAUUCAGCAAAGACGACAAAUUAUUGGAACGAAGAUUAAAGAAGGAAAGGUGAUGAGGCUCCGAAAACUAGCUCAGCAGAUUGCGAACUGUAAACAGUGCAUUGAAAGGUCGGCAUCACUCAUCUCCCAAGCGGAACACUCUCUGAAGGAGAAUGACCAUGCCCGUUUUCUACAGACAGCAAAGAAUAUCACUGAGAGAGUAUCCAUGGCAACUGCAUCCUCCCAGGUCCUAAUUCCCGAAAUCAACCUCAAUGACACAUUUGACACUUUUGCCUUAGAUUUUUCUCGGGAGAAGAAACUGCUAGAAUGUCUGGAUUACCUUACAGCUCCCAACCCUCCCACAAUUAGAGAAGAGCUCUGCACAGCUUCCUAUGACACCAUCACUGUCCACUGGACUUCGGAUGAUGAGUUCAGUGUGGUCUCCUAUGAACUCCAGUACACCAUAUUCACUGGACAAGCCAAUGUUGUUAGUCUGUGUAACUCAGCUGAUAGCUGGAUGAUUGUGCCCAACAUCAAGCAGAACCACUACACUGUGCAUGGCCUACAAAGUGGCACCAAAUAUAUCUUCAUGGUCAAAGCCAUCAACCAGGCAGGCAGCCGCAGCAGUGAGCCUGGGAAGUUGAAGACAAACAGUCAGCCGUUUAAACUGGAUCCCAAAUCUGCUCAUCGAAAAUUGAAGGUGUCCCAUGAUAACCUGACUGUAGAACGAGAUGAGUCAUCAUCCAAAAAGAGUCACACACCUGAACGCUUCACUAGCCAAGGGAGCUAUGGAGUGGCUGGAAACGUGUUCAUUGAUAGUGGCCGACAUUACUGGGAAGUGGUCAUAAGUGGAAGCACAUGGUAUGCCAUUGGCCUUGCAUACAAAUCAGCCCCCAAACAUGAAUGGAUUGGGAAGAAUUCUGCUUCCUGGGCCCUCUGCCGCUGCAACAAUAACUGGGUGGUUAGGCAUAACAGCAAGGAAAUCCCCAUUGAGCCAGCCCCCCACCUCCGGCGUGUAGGCAUCCUGCUGGACUACGAUAAUGGUUCCAUCGCUUUUUAUGACGCUUUGAACUCCAUCCACCUCUACACCUUUGAUGUGGCGCUUUCGCAGCCUGUGUGCCCCACCUUUACUGUGUGGAACAAGUGUUUGACAAUUAUAACGGGUCUUCCCAUCCCAGACCAUUUGGACUGUACAGAACAGCUGCCUUGAGCAUCCAACCCCAGAGCAGCUCUGAGGGAUAACAAAGGUUGAGGCCACUUUUUAGGGGAUUGAAAAACUAAGGCUUCAAGAGUGUGACUAAAUCUCCUAGCUUGUCCAGAAACCAGCUAAGAUAGGGCUCCAAAUGAGAGAUUUCUUUCCUUUUAUUGUGUUUUUUAUUAAGUACAGGCUUUAAUAAUUUCUUUGCUUUUUUGUAUUUAGAGGAAAAAUCUAUAGAUUAUUUAUAAAAGAAACAUAAUCUGGAUUACAACUCUAAGGAAUCACUUGGUUUUGUGCAUUAAGAUGCCCAUAAUCUUACCAGCCCUUUGCCAGUUUAAUUUCAUCAGUGUACGGACUUGCAAAAAUCUUUUUGUAGAUGUGUGUUUAUUCACUUUCUAUUUCAUAAUGAGGCCAUGCUAGGUCCUGCCACUUAGAGUAGCAGAAUAUGCAGCUAUCUAAAAUUAAAAAUCAUUUUGAAUCUAGUAAGGAAGUAAACAGACUUCCUUACUUUGUUUUAACUUGAGAUUUUUAACUGUGAUAUCAGAAACUUGUAUUGGAUUGAAUAGAAUGGGGUUGAAGGGAGAAGGAAAGAAUUAACUUUGAACCUCAAGCUUAGCUGUGACUGAUGGGAUGAUCUGGGGAAGAAAAGGGUUUCUUAAACCUUUAGUCAUAUAUUCAUCCACUUCUCCAGGGCUGAAACUUUUGGGCUAACACCUUGAAUGAAAUAAGAGUUAAUGCUAUUUUGGGUUUUUUGAAAUGUAGAAUUCUGUUUCAUGGUAUAAAACUAUUUUCCCUUUCUUCUUACUAGUUAUUUUAGGCCUGUGAAAUUCUUUCACUAUGUUUAAUAGAUGCCCUAUUUUGGCCUUUCACAAAUCAAUUUUUUUUUCUUUUCUUUCUGGGUCUAUGGAAAUUAGCAUGUCCUGUCACAAAACAGCAAUCCUGUGUUCAAAUGAUUUUAUUCUCUAGGACAUCAGCACAUGGCCUUGAACACUACCAUGUCCAAAUAUAAGUCAUCAAAACCUGUAUUUCUGAGUAAUGAUAUGACAAAUUACACAAAAUACUAGUCACCAGUAUACAUGCCUCUAAAGUUACAGACUUGUAGCAAGCACACUUUGAAAGAUGUAGACCUCCCCUUAUAUCCUAGUAUAGUUUAUCAUAGAGUUUUAAGAAAAAAAUCAAAUGUACUGUUCCUAUAGGGGAAUCUGCUAAUCAAAUUUCAGAUAAAAUUCUUUUCAUGCUGAUCUAAUACACUGCAAUGGUCCCUGGAUUAAGACUUUCUCAGGUGGUCUUUGACAUGGGACAUUGGCAUGAGUUCACCUGCACAAAUGGUUUCAGUGCUAAAAUAUUUAUCUGGGCCACCACAUCAGGCAGCAUUGACUGAAAAUACUGGUGGAUUGAAGAAUUUUUUGAUGAUUUUGUUUUUAAUCAAAUCAGCCAUUUCCCAGAAAUUACUCAAUACACUCUCCAUUUAAGCAUCACAUGAUCACAAUUGAUAUACUUGCCAAUCUGGUCUUUAUGGAAGAUAAAGUCAGCUUCCUGUGUCUUUUUGUCUCUUCCCUGGCAGAUGCUGUCCAUUUUCUUAAUGGAUAGAUUUUAUAUAUUUACUAUAUUAUUUAUACCCAGAUGAAUAUUUUGAUAGCAGUUUAAGACAAUGUCACAUCUUAAAAAUGGACACCUCAGUGGAAAAACUUUCAUCUUUCUCUAGGAACUUCUUAGGCCUUUUUGACAAUAUAAAAGUAUGUAUUUGCCUUCCCUGAAUAAACUGAAAAGUUGUCUCAGUCAUUUUUAUGUACAUUUUGGGUAACUGGAUAAUAGAUAUUUUAAUGCACUUUGUACACUUACAGGUUCUAAACAAAAGGAUCUAAAACUCAAUUUCUGAGUGUUUAAAAACUCAUGGUCUCCAGGUAACAAUAAAUGCUACAGUUUGCCUUAUGAUGUGAACAUAAAACAUUUCCUAGCAGGACACUAUUUCCAUGAAUAUGUUUUUCGGUAUAAAGAUGUUACUAUUCAGAUUUUCACUGCAAGCUGUUUAUGGUGUGUUUUGACUAUUUUUGUAAGGACAAGGCAGACUAUGUUAUAAUUUUGUUGUGGAAGUCUUACUCUUGGCUAACUUAAAAACAUUGUGGAUGUAGCAGUUACUAUUUCCAGGUUGUCAUAUUUACAAGAAAAUAUGUAUAUGGUGAACAGCCACAGUGUUUAAUUGUGUAAUGAUGUAGAAAAGAUUUCUGUGUGGAUUUUUUUAAGUCUAAAAAUACAUGAUGUAAACAUUUGCUGCAGUAUAACUCUGCAUUUCCUUUGAACGGACUGGGGCCACUCACAGGAAGCAUUUCCAUAGAGGGGCAAAAGAGAUGGCAGUGCCAAUUAAAUUAGUACAGUGAAACUGAUGAGAUGCCAAAAAGGCUGUAAAGUCUUGGCACCAUGUGUAUGUGAAUGACUCGGUUGCCAAGCGCCCUGAGUGCAGAAGAGCCUAAGCUUGGCAUCAUUCUCUCUCUUCACCAUGAUGAAAAUCCUAGUGCUUUUUGAACACAAAGCCAGCAUUUUCACUUUGCGCUUGACCCUGCAUGUUAUGUAGCCAGUCCUUGGAACAGGACUCCAAAGCAUGGUACUGCUCUUCCUAAUGGAUAAAGAGAACAUGGAUCCAAUGCUUGUUGAAACUUGCUUUAGAUUCAUAUUAUUCAAGUAUGAAUCUAAAUGGUGGAUUAGAUGAGGGUAGGCGUAGGGUGAAGAUUUUCUCUCCAUCUUUAAAAGAAAGUGACUUCAGAAAGUGACUGCAUAGAUAAUGGUUUCUUUGGGGGGAAAAGCAACCUGAAUAUGGAUGGACGGACUUUUUAUUAUGGUACUGAUAAAUGGACCUUGAACUUCCUGAGGAAUGAGCCAGUGCCCUCCAACUCAAGAUGGAUUUCUGUCUCAGCUCCAGGAGCACGUACAAAUGGCUGCAGAGACAUGUGCUUCCCUGUUCUGUGCAUCUGGUGUUGGAAAGCUGACAUCUUGUCUCUCUUGGUAAAACAUCCAUGGCAUGCAGAGACAAUGACACUAGCAAGAGAAAUGUUUUGAAAAUAGUGCUUCUCAUCCAGGUCUUGAUUUUGCUACCCAAGAAGACAUUUGGCCAUAUCUGGAGUAAAUUUUGGUUGUCGAAAGUUGGAGACAUGUUGCUCCUGGCAUCUGGUGGGUAGAAGUCAGGGAUGGCAUUAAACACUCUACAGUGCACAGUUAAACUCCUCACCAGAAAAUGAUAUCUGGCUCAAGGUUUAGCCGUGUCCUAGGUUGGCUAUGCUUGAAUGUUGGCCUUUUUUUCCAGGGACAAACAAACAGAAAGGCACAACCGUCAAUAUCAUCACAGGAGUGGCACCUUCAUAAUCAAAAUUAUUUACAAAAUACUUGCAGAAAAUCUGAAUUGUAGAGCAAUCUGAGACUGUGUGAAUGCAAAUUACUGAAUUAAGUGCUGUGAUCCUAUGGUCUUUGUGUAGAAAUGAGGUAUUCUCUAUGCCUCCUUGUACCAGCACAAAUUCAAUCCUGGUACUUGGGUCAACUGCCAAGCCCCUAAAUCCUAAAUCUCUUCUUGUUUUCUGUUGCUUCCUGGUUCAAAAUAAAAUCCUUUUGUGGCACCAAAA